AUGUCUUUUUUCAAUACCUUCAAAGGAUUUGGGAGAAGCAGUAAGAAGAAUAAAAGCCAGAAUGUGGGCACCUCGGCCAUGCCCGUAAAUUCGGUAUACACUAGUGCACAUGGUAGCAAUUCAAAGCUCUCUUUGCGACAGAUGCAAAUGCAAUCUUCGCCCGUCAGACAUUCUGCCAAUUCUCACAACAGCAGUUCCAACGGUCAAAAUCAGACUUACCACACUAAUGGGAGCUCACCAACAACACGGGAAGGUGCAAAAAGUCAGCAGGCUCUGUUUUUGAGCGAGCCCUUCGUCAGAACGGCUUUGGUCAAGGGCUCUUUCAAAACUAUAGUACAGCUACCGAAAUACGUUGAUCUGGGCGAGUGGGUCGCCCUCAACGUGUUUGAGUUUUUCACAAACCUCAACCAGUUCUACGGCAUCAUUGCCGAAUACGUCACGGCCGACGCGUAUCCAAAAAUGAACGCCGGGCCGCAUACUGAUUAUAUGUGGCUUGAUGCCAAUAACAGACAGGUCUCAUUACCAGCGGGUCAAUACAUCGAUCUCGCUCUUACAUGGAUAAAUAAUAAGGUGUCUGACCAAACUUUGUUUCCCACGCAAAACGGCUAUCCCUUCCCUUCCAAUUUCGUUCAGGACAUUCAGAGAAUUAUUGUUCAAAUGUUCAGAAUCUUCGCCCACAUGUACCAUCAUCACUUCGACAAAAUAAUACAUCUGUCUCUGGAGGCGCACUGGAAUUCGCUGUUCGCCCACUUCGUGAGUUUCGCCAAAGAAUUUAACCUUGUGGAUAGGAGAGAUAUGAGCCCUUUGGAGCCUUUGAUAGAAAAUCUGGAAAAGCAGGGCAAGAUCAUAUAG